AUGCGUAAUCCAGAACCAGUCUUCUUUUACAGUUGGUUUUUUGCAGCCGAUUCGUGGCCCGAUAGUCUGGACGAUUCGAAUGCGAGAAAGGACUGGGGCUGGGCUCCAAUGUAUGAUCUGGAUGCGACAGUCGAUGAGAUGUUCGCUUUGGUUAGACGCCAGCUGAUUGCCGAAGGGAAAACUCUGAACUCAUGA